CAGCUUCGCUCUGGCUGGCCCGGAGGGUGUGAGGGAGGCUCUGGGUUACGUGGUUGCUCUGCAGUGAGGCCAGAGCCACCCCUCUUCAUUCUUUUUUCCAGCAAAAGCAGGCAGCAGUGGGGAAAACCCCACUGGGCAUGUAGAAAUUGGGGUGAAAAGGGUCUGAGCAUCAGGGCAGGGGGUGGCGAGCGAGCAACCACGUGUGUACGUGUCAGGGUUAGAAAUCGCUGCUCUGCCGGGCACGCCAGAGGAGACGGGAAAAGACGCAGAGAAAAUCAGUUGCCGCCGCGUUUUCCAAAAUCCCGAGCGAGCGUUCCUGCUCGCCGUCGCUUCCAAGAAACGGAGAGAACCGAGGAGGAAAAUUGCGGUGAUUCAUCGCGGGCAGAUCGGAGGCAGGAAAUGGGAGUUUGCUGCCUGCCCCGUGCCCGGCGUGGGCUCGGUGGGCUCGGGCUCGCCGGGGCCUGGCUGGCGGCGAGGGCCUGACACCCACGGGUCGAGCAUCCCUGCGCCGCGGCCGGAGCUGCCGGGGGAGCCACCGGCGAGGGAAAAACAACCGGCGGAGGCCGAGAGCAGGAGCAGCGGGAAUUUUUCACCUGCGUUUCUCCGGAGCCAUCCAAGCGAGAGCUGCCCGGACAGUGCCCGGGGGCAGGACCAGGCUCCCCCUGCUUGCUCCAGCACCACCACCCUGGAGGGCUCCGGAUAACCCAGAUGUGGCAUCGGAGUUGCUUAACCCCAUCCUGACCCAGCCUUCACCCUAAACCCCGCUGCCAUGAAGAAGAAGCCGGGCAAUGGGCGGGGGCCGGACCCUGCGGCCCCCCAGCAGCGAGCCCGGAGCGUCACCAAGCCAGCAGAGUAUGUGGGAUCAUUCACAGUGGAGGAGCUGGACCUGCAGCAGCGAGCGGGGAGGUUGGAGGAGCAGCUGCGGACGCUGAAGGACUGUCCCAGGAGGAGGUCGGUGGUGCUGAGGUUCAGCUUGCAGGGGCUGAAGGUCUACGGUGCUGAUGGGGAGACGCUGCUGAUGGCACACGCGCUGCGCCGGAUCCUGUACAGCACCUGGAGGCUCCCCGACCGCCAGUUCGCCUUCGUGGCCCGCAACCCCCACAGUCCCCCCAGCACCCUCUUCUGCCACCUCUUCGUGGGGCUCCCGGGAGAGGUCCAGACCCUGCACCUCUUGCUCUGCCGCUCUUUCCAGGUCUGCUACCUCCUGGCGCACCCCGAGGAGCAGGCAGGCGAGGGGGAGCUCCCGGGGCCGGGGGUGCUGCGGGAGCCCCUCAACCCCGAGGAGGUGUCACGGAACGUCAACGCCCUCGUGUCCUUCCGGCGCCUGCCCGCGCCCGCCGGCCUCGGCCCGCUGGGCACCGGGGACCGGCGGCCAGAGGCGGAAGGCAGAGCCUGGCGCCCGGGGAAUCCCUACUGCUCGCCGGUGCUGGUGCGCAAGAAAGCCAUUCGGAGCAAAGUGCUGCGCUCGGGAGCCUACCGGGACUGCGGGGGCGAGGGACAGCUCCACCAGCACCCCCGCGACGCUGCGGCGGCGGGAUGGGAGAGCAAAGGGACGAGGAGUUUGGCCUUCCUGCCCGAAAACGAGAGCGUCCUGGCCGAGAGCGUGUGGGCCUUCGCCGGCAUCGCCAGGGACGCCGGGGUCGCGCUGCUGCGGCGGGACGUGCCCGGCGCCUUCCUCCUGCGCCCCGAGCCCGGGCUGCCCAAGCGCUGGUGCCUGUGGGUGCGGGCGCCCUGCGGCGUCGUGUCCUACGGCCUCGCCAGGACACACCAGGGCCGGUUCUGCGUGGAGCACUCCAACACCGAGUUCGCCAGCGUGGCCGCCCUCCUGGCCCACUACUCCGGGACACGGGGAGGCUGCUUCUGCCGCCUGGCCCCCGGCCGACGCAACCCCGGCUAUGAGGAGCGGGACCCCGGUGGCGGGGCCAGCGCCGGGGCGGGGGAGGCCGCCUGGGCCCCCGCCGCCCCCAUCGGGGUGCAGCACGAGCGGGGGUAGCCCCGGCCCCGCUCCCCGAGCACGGCUGUCCCCCAGCACCCCCGAGCUUUAACUCGCUGCCGCCUGCCUUAUCCCCCCCCGCUGCCGCGGGCUGUCUGGCGCCUCCCGCAAUAAAUGGCUCUCGUGCAUCCGGA